CUCUAAUCAGCCCAACCGUUGUGCCUCUGAAUUUGAAAAUUGUAAAUGUUCUGAUGGGAUAUGGUGCGUAGAAAUAGUGUUUUUUGUUUUUAAAACGAGCUAUUAUUAAGUUAAAGUAGGCCUUAUAAUUGGCAUAAAAUACUCAACUGGCAGAAGCUGUCCAGUUAUAAACAUUGACAUACCAACAAAGGAUUUCUGACCAUCCAUGACCGCAUUUGCGGUAUAACUUGGUUUGUUCGACAAUCUGAACCGAAGUCAACAUGGUUGACAGAGAAAAUAGCAAAGGGACGAUAGAUACGGUCCAGGUGGCCCUUCGUAUUAGGCCUCUGAUGCAGCAGGAGACUGACAGGGGCUGUGAAGAAUGUAUAGAAGCUGUGCCCGGCCAAAACCAAGUUCAGAUCAAGGACCUGGCGUUUACAUACAAUUAUGUUUUCCCACAACACAUAACACAACAAGAGUUUUAUGAUACAGCUGUAAAAGGACUUAUUGGGAAGCUGUUUCAAGGUUACAAUGUCACUAUUUUGGCUUACGGACAGACAGGGUCAGGGAAAACUUACACAAUGGGCACAAAUUAUUCGGGCUCUGGUGGAGAUUAUACUAAACUAGGUGCAAUUCCUCAAGCAGUAGCAGACAUAUUUGACUUCAUAGAGACCCAUGAGGACAAGUUCAUCUUCAAAGUGAAUGUUUCCUUCAUGGAACUGUAUCAGGAGCAGUGCUACGAUCUCCUCUCGGGAAAAGAGAGAGGGCAUUCUAUCAUUGAAAUUAGGGAGGACACCAAUAAGGGAGUUAUUCUGCCAGGCAUAACGGAACUGACCGUGACAUCAACUAUGGAGACAAUGAUGGUACUGGAACAGGGUUCCUCUGGCAGAGUGACAGGCUCCACUGCCAUGAACCAAGCUUCUAGCCGGAGUCAUGCUGUCUUCACCAUUAUCAUCUCUAAACAGAGUCGGACUGACAAAAACCUGGCUACCACAUCAAAGUUCCACCUAGUCGAUCUGGCCGGUUCAGAGCGCAUCAAAAAGACGAAAGCCAGCGGUGAGCGACUAAAGGAAGGCGUCAAAAUUAACCAGGGCCUUCUGGCUCUUGGCAAUGUGAUCUCAGCUCUUGGGGAUGGCACCAACAGGAGCUAUAUUAGUUAUAGGGAUAGCAAGCUGACCAGGUUACUGCAGGACAGUCUCGGCGGCAACUCUCUAACACUAAUGGUGGCGUGCGUCAGCCCAGCGGACUACAAUUUAGACGAGACGGUCUCCACGCUGCGAUACGCCGACCGGGCGCGGCGCAUUCGCAACAAGCCUAUCAUCAACCAGGACGCUAAAGCUGCUGAAAUUGUCAGGCUAAACAACUUAGUAAACGAGUUAAGACUGCAACUGAUUGGCAAAGCGCCCACUGACAGCGAGCAAAACAACGAGAAACUUCUAGAAGAAAUCGAGCGCGAAAAAGCCAAAUACGCCGAGCUACUGAAAAAACACAAACAAGUCACCGAACAGCUCGGAAACAUGCUUAUUGAAAAUACAAACUUAUGUGAGAAGGCGCUUUUAGCCGAAGCUGCCAAAGACAAAAUAGAGCAGAAACUAAAUGACCUCACAGAGCAAUGCAACCAGACCAUAGACAAUCUGAAUGAAAGCAAAGAUGAUGAGAAGAAUAGGACGACGAUGCUGGAUCAUAUUAAGGAGAUCAAGAAUAGGUUAGAAGAUUUGCAGUCGGUGAACUUUAAGACGAACGAGGAGUUGAUAGAUUACGAAAUAAAAUCGUCGUUUACGAAGGAUGAGGGCGAAGAAGGGGAGGAUGUGGUAUUGAGCGAAGAUCAGGCGGUGCUUGAAGAGGAAAAGAGGGCUAUGGGACAGGUUGCACUAAACCAAGAACUACAAGAGCUUAACCGCGCCAUGGCCAUCAAAGCGUCCGUGGUUCAAGCUAUCCUGGCCAACAAUAAAGAUAUGCUGGACAGCCACACCAAUCUUAAGGAGAACGAAGAAAGGAUAGCGCUCUUGGAAAAGGAGAAGGAAGAGUUAGUGCAGCAAUUAAGGAAUAGUAAGAGCAAGGAUCCAUCUCACGAAGAACGCCGCACCAAAGUGCGGACUUUGGAAGGCGAAAUCAGCGAUCUCAAGAAGAAAUGCCAGCAGCAAGCCUCCAUCAUCAAGAAUAAGGAGAAGAACGAGGCUAAGAUCGCUUCGUUUAACGCUGAGUUGAAGGCCAUGAAGGCUACUAAGGUGAAAAUUAUCCGUCAAAUGCGCGAAGAAAGCGAGAAGUUCCGUAAAUGGAAGGCGGAUAACGAGCGCGCUAUGCUCCGACUACGGAACGAGGACCGCAAGCGAGCUAACGCCAUGGCCAAGAUGGAGUCUCUCCACGCUAAACAGCAGAACGUGCUCAAGAGGAAGAUGGAGGAAGCUGUCGCUGUCAACAAGAGGCUGAAGGUAGCUCUGGACAGACAGAAACAGACCCAAAUGAAGCGCAGCGCCAAAGGCAAUGUUAAAGCUGGUGUGGGACAGCAAUACAUUGAGCAGGAACUGGAAGUGCAUCUUAGCAUUGUAGAAGCCGAGAAGUCACUUGAAGAGCUCAUGGAGUACAGAGCGUGGAUAACGGUACAGAUAGAAGUCCUUCGUAACAGCCCUGACUCUGAGGAAAAUCAGCAGAAGAUAGCAGACCUGGAAGACAACCUGGCGUCCCGCAAGGCACAGAUAUCUGAUCUGCAACAGAAGAUCCUUACUGCUGACCAGGAAAACAAAUCCCGCACCCGAUGGGACAACGUUCAAUCCAUGCUCGAAGCCAAAGUCGCCUUGAAAUGCCUCUUCGACCUACUAGUAGAAGCGAAGAAAGAGCUCGCGAACCAGAGUGAGAAGGGUUACCAGGCGCGUUAUGAAGAGAUCAAGGAGGCCCACGACAGGCUGCAGGUCGAGUUCGACAGCUGUAGGGCGGAGCUGGAGCAGAAACUCGCGCAGCACAAGCACCAAAGCGAGCAGAAGCUAAAGGUGCUAGUCGCCCUUCAACGCGAAGUAGUAGGCAACAAGAGUCAAGCCUGCCAACACCUCCAGAACGUCAUUCAAAACCAGCAAGAGAAACUGGACCAAGUCGAGGCCGAGAAUAAAAAGCUAUCAGACGAGCUAGAGCAGCUCCGCACGGCGUCCACAAACGGGAACGCCAAGAAAACUAAGAAGGGCAAGAAAGAAGGAGAGAAGAAGACUGAACACAUUAAGCUUUCCGAGGAGGAAGAAGAGGACAGAGAUAAUGACGAGGACGAUCCCGAUUGGAGGGCUACUCCGCUUUAUAAGCGUAUACAGGCGCACCGCUCCCGCCUAACCAACAACUUCACCGCGGAAAACGCUAACAACUCCAACGAGCGACUCCGCGAGCGCGACCCCUCGCGUGCCGUCAAGCGGGACAGCGGCGGCUCCACGCACUGCACCUGUCGCGGCUCUUGCUCCACCAAGAUGUGCGUCUGUGUGAAGGCGGGCAAUGGCUGCGACAGCGGCUGCAUGUGCCAGCCUGCGCUGUGCAAAAACAAAAAGCUGUCGUCUACCAACGCGUCUGAUAGUGAGGAGAAAGAGAAUACGCCAACCAGUGUGCUGGACACAACACCGUCCUCAUACUUCGGCUCCAAAAGUCACCCUAAUCUGUUUGUCAAGAAAAGACAGAGGAGUUACUUUUUCGCUAACGACGAAUCUUAGACUGACAAUCUCCUGGAUGCCGCAUAGUAUUUAUAAUUACCCAUAAUGUGCUUAAAAUAUAUACUCCUUUACAAAUUAACUUGUACGGUCAACCAAUUUGAAUCCUAGGCCACUCUAGAACCCUGUCUCAUUUAAACCAUGUUCUAUUUGCCAUAAGAAGUCACAUUGACAUUUACUGUGCAAAGGUUCUACAGUGGCCUAGGAUUCAAAUUGGUUGACUGUACGCUCCGCUGAAUGACGAUGAUUCUUCGAAUUUAUGAAAUUUAGGAGGUUAUAACAAAAUAAAUUUGUAUUUAUUA